AUGGCCACAGAGGCGCAGACAACCUCAGACCGUACCACUCCCAAGCCUGUCUGGACACAGCCCGUUCAGGCCACUACCUACUCCUUCCCUUCCAUGGAGCCACUGCGGUUUGUCGAAUACCCUCGAAACCAUCUCCUUAUGCCUCUGCGGAAAGAUAUUCUCCACCGAGCCGUGGUGUACGAAGGUGACAUGACCCGACAAGGCACUGCCAGCACCAAGUGGAGGGACGAAGUGCAUGGCAGCCAUAGGAAGCUGCGCGCGCAGAAGGGCAGCGGUAAGGCGCGGGUGGGAGACAAGACUUCACCGACUCGUAAGGGAGGUGGUGUGGCAUUUGGGCCUCGUCCGCGGGACUUUUCGACCGAUCUUCCUCAAAAAAUCUACGACCAGGCAUGGCGGAUCGCUCUGAGUUACCGAUACCGACGAGGCCAAUUGAUCAUCCUGGACAACGAGAUAUCGAUUCCAGAAGAUGCCACAACCCAUCUGAUCUCCGAGAUAUUCAAGGUCAACAGCUGGGGUCGGGAAUUUGGCCGGUCAACGCUGAUCACGGACCGAUUGGAUGAAGAACUGUUCGACAAGGUGCGCCAGGUGGGUGAGCAUGCGAAGAUCCUGAACCGUCAGGAUGUGGAUGUCAAGGAUCUGCUGGAGACGGGACGAUUGAUCAUUGAGAAGCAGGCGUUGGACCGUAUUCUGGCUCAACAUUCGAGGGACUUGACAAGCAAGGUUGCGAAGGCUUUGUAUUGA